AAAUCGUUAAAUCCACAUCAGCAGAACUUCCGGUGCACGCGUAAAGGAGUAUGGGAAAUGUAGUGUUUUACUUCUAAAGAGCCGUGACGUCAGUAGAAGGUAAACUAUGCUCAGAGCAUUUUAACGAUGUGGAUCUCUGUCACAAAAUGUGCUCUUGCGUUUCGAAAGCAGAGCAUUUCCUUGAUCAGACGCAGCCUCUCGGAAUAUGUCCCAGUCUGUCCACCGGCUCAUCCAAGUGAAGUGGAACGUCUCCAAGACCUUGUGCUCUGCUCUCAGAGGCUGUUUGUCAUGACAGGUGCUGGAAUCUCCACAGAAUCAGGAAUCCCGGAUUAUCGCUCGGAGGGAGUGGGACUGUAUGCCAGGACUGAACGUAGACCCAUUCAGCAUGCAGAGUUUGUCAGGAGUCAGGAUGCUCGCAGGCGAUACUGGGCGCGAAACUUUGUGGGGUGGCCACAGUUUUCAUCUCAUAAGCCCAAUACAGCUCACAUGGCUCUAUAUAACUGGGAGAAGGCUGGGAAACUGCAUUGGUUAGUGACACAAAAUGUUGAUGCCUUACACGCUAAAGCUGGACAGCGCCGUCUGACUGAGUUACAUGGUUGCACCCACAGGGUGAUUUGUCUGGGUUGUCAGACAGUGAGCAGCAGAUUUGAGCUUCAGGAACGUUUCAUAGCUCUCAAUCCAUCUUGGAAUGAACAGGCUUAUGGGGUUGCACCAGAUGGUGAUGUAUUCUUGACUGAUGAGCAAGUGUCCAAUUUUCGUGUCCCACCCUGUGACAAGUGUGGGGGUAUUCUGAAGCCACAGGUGACCUUCUUUGGUGAUACAGUGAACAAAGAAGUUGUGUUCUCUCUUUAUGAGAAUCUAGCUCAAGCAGAUGCCAUUCUGAUAGUGGGCUCCUCUUUGCAGGUUUAUUCCGGCUAUAGGUUUGCACUUAAAGCCCAGGAAAAGGGGAUUCCUAUUGCAAUUCUUAACAUUGGACCCACCAGAGCUGAUCAUCUUGCAGUUGUUAAAGUCAGCGGUCGCUGUGGGGAUAUCUUGGCAAAGAUAAUGUCAGUGAAUCAACGUCUGCAGGAAAAUGUGAGCUAAAUGACUACUGGAAGAGACCCAGCAGAUACCUGUGUGUACAGUGGAUACAUUGUCUCAUGGUGGAGGAACCUACUCCUGGGUGUCUCAUGGUGGAGAAACCUACUCCUGGGUCACUCAUGAUGAAGGAACCUACUCCUGGGUGUCUCAUGGUGGAGGAACCUACUCCUGGGUGUCUCAUGGUGGAGGAACCUACUCCUGGGUGUCUCAUGGUGGAGGAACCUACUCCUGGGUGUCUCAUGGUGGAGGAACCUACUCCUGGGUGUCUCAUGGUGAAGGAACCUACUCCUGGGUGUCUCAUGGUGAAGGAACCUACUCCUGGGUGUCUCAUGGUGAAGGAACCUACUCCUGGGUGUCUCAUGGUGGAGGAACCUACUCCUGGGUGUCUCAUGGUGGAGGAACCUACUCCUGGGUGUCUCAUGGUGAAGGAACCUACUCCUGGGUGUCUCAUGGUGAAGGAACCUACUCCUGGGUGUCUCAUGGUGGAGGAACCUACUCCUGGGUGUCUCAUAAUUAGUUUAUUAUUAUUAUUGCUACACUACGACUAUGGUGCUUACUAGGUUCACUUAUAUACAAAUAAAGUUUUUUUUUUUAUGUA